UUGGAGGUUCGACAAUGGGGACAGCAGUUAUAAGUGCCUCCUCGCCAAUCCCAACACCCAGUGGUUUCAAUAGCGAAGCUGUUGCGAAUCGUGACGAGAUUCCGGACAGCUUCAGCAGUUUCUGCGAUUGUAGCUGAAUUCAUGACGACAGGAGACUGUGUCUAACGCAGCAUACACUUGCAGGAAGCCCACGGUGUGAGUGCCGAGGUCGACCAUGACGACCUACGGGUGUGCGGCGGGGGACCUGACCAUUCUUCAGGGGUAUCUGGGUGCCUCGGGCAAUGCCACUGGCUUGAGCGAGUUUCUUUGCUCCAAGCUCGAUGGCAUCGAUGCGCGCCUCGGGUUCACCACCCUGGCUGUUGACAACACGUACCUGCUGUUCUCCACCUACUUGGUGUUUGCUAUGCAGCUGGGUUUCGCCAUGCUGUGUGCCGGUUCGGUGCGGGCUAAGAACACGAUGAACAUUAUGCUCACCAACGUGCUAGACGCUGCUUGCGGUGGCAUCUCGUAUUACGUGUUCGGAUUCGCCUUCGCUUUCGGACAAGGUGGGAAGCCCAAUGGUUUUAUCGGUCACGCCAACUGGGGUCUCCAGAAUGUCCCCAACGCCAGCUUCGAUUACAGCUUUUUCUUGUUUCAGUGGGCGUUCGCGAUCGCUGCCGCGGGAAUCACAUCCGGGUCGAUUGCGGAGCGCACGCAGUUCGUAGCGUACCUGGUGUAUUCGUCGGUGCUGACUGGAUUUGUGUACCCGAUUGUGUCUCACUGGCUGUGGUCGACGGAUGGUUGGCUGUCGGCGACGAAGAGUGUGGGUCCCGGCGGGCUGUUGUUCGGGAGUGGGGCGAUCGACUUCGCUGGUAGCGGCGUGGUGCACAUGGUGGGAGGGCUGGCUGGGUUCUGGGGCGCGUUCAUAGAGGGACCACGAAUUGGACGAUUUGACAAAUCUGGGAACUCGAUGAACUUUCGCGGUCACAGUGCGACGUUGGUUGUGUUGGGGACGUUCCUGUUGUGGUUCGGAUGGUACGGAUUCAACCCGGGGAGCUUUCUGAAGAUUCUGGUGCCAUACGAGGGAGUGAAGGGCAACUGGAGCGGAGUUGGGAGGACUGCAGUGACGACGACGUUGGCGGGAUCGACAGCGGGAGUGACAACAUUGUUCGGGAAGAGGUUGUUGGAUGGGCACUGGAACGUGCUGGAUGUGUGCAACGGGGUGUUGGGAGGGUUUGCGGCGAUCACAGCAUCAUGCGCCGUGGUGUCUCCAUGGGCGAGUAUCAUCUGCGGGUUUGGAGCUGCAUGGGUGCUGAUCGGCUUCAACAGGCUUGCUGCUCGUUACCACUACGAUGAUCCCCUCGAAGCUGCUCAGCUUCACGCCGGUUGCGGAGCAUGGGGCCUUCUUUUCGUGGGACUUUUCGCUGAGAAGAAUUACGUUCAGCAAAUUUAUGGUGGAGACUCCAGACCUUUUGGUCUAUUCAUGGGAGGUGGUGGCAGGUUGCUAGCUGCACAGAUUGUUCAAAUUCUUGCGAUUACGGGUUGGGUGACUGUGACGAUGGGCCCGCUGUUUCUCGCCCUUCACAAGUUCCGGCUGCUGCGGAUCACUCCCGAGGACGAGAUUGCCGGUAUGGAUUUGACAAGGCACGGAGGGACAGCAUACAUUCACCAGGAUGGUUCAGAGCAUGUGAUGCAUUUGAGCACCAUCAAUGGCGAUAAGAGGAAUGCCAACGACCAAAUGCCAAUUUAGGCUGCCCCUUAUCGGAUAGUCACUGGCUCUGAGUGUCUCAAUGUAUUGAGAAUGUAUAAAAACAGAUAUAACUUCUGCCAGGUGGUGUGUGACCAUCGCCGGUACCUCUCCGCAAAUAGUUGAAUGAAACGGAGAGGUAUUGUGUCUGUUGACUACAUUUGCAGAUGUCGCUGCAGAUGAAAAUUCAAGUACUAGCGUUUUUGUGGCAGUAUUGAACAGAUUGGAGGAUUAUUCCUAGGUGGACUUCGCGUUAUGGUUUGUGUAGGUUAAGCAUUUGAGGUAUCACUCCUAUUUAUCUGGGAAUUGACGAUGUGCCCCUGUUUCCAAGGGCUCUUGUAGCCAAUGAUAAUGCUAUCCAGAAUUGUUAGCUGGGGUGUUUAGUAUCUCCAGUGUGGGUUAUUCAAAUUCAACCAAUAGAAUUAAUUACGAGCUUGUACAACAAACCUGUGCUGGUAUGGUAACAUAUGAUGCGAACAGUUCUGGAAUUGAAUCUGUUGAAAGCAAUUGUGCAGUGCUAGGUACACUAGUUUAGCAUAGUGUGAACUGGAGGAAGUAUUUUAUGACUGAUAUCCACACAGUC